CGAUAGACUCCCGACAUGUUCGUGUUACUUCUCAUGGGAAUAUUACACAGAGCAGCACUCGCAGAUGUGUUAACAGAGGAUGUCGAGUUUCUGAACGAGUUGCCUCUGGACAAGCUGUUGAGAUUGAAGUCUUCACUCAAUUAUUUGGCAACUGCGGACAGCGACAAUGUAAUUGUAACAACUCCCGCUUCUGUGCAAAGAUUUGGUGGAGAAGCGAUGUACAUUAAAGGACCUGCUGCUAUAAAGCGUGGCGACUACGAAGAAACAUAUUACAAGAAAGAAAGCAAAAUUAGCAAUAUAUUUUCAAUGUCUGUGACGACACUCGCUUUUUUGGCCUUCGGUGGAUACUUGCUGUGUCUGAUCGUGCAAGCGGUGAAAGCGAAACAGAACUACCAAUCCAGUUAUCCAGGGGCCCAGCCGACUACAUUCUUCGUGAGUGCAGGAUUAAAGAAAAAACCUCAAGCCCAGUUUGCUUCUUACGGACGCCGAAAAAGAGAAAAUAGAACUAAAAGAAGUUUACAGAAGCUGGAUUUACCUCCGGAACGGCUUUUCGAAGCUUUAUUGCAGCUAUGUGAAGGAUAUGCAAAGUGGAGUGAUAAAGUUGACGCAGCAGAGUGA